CGCAGCGCGGCGACAUAUCUCUCCCACCCAUCCCAUUCAUCCUACCUGUAACCCGUCGCCGUCUCCAGCCGUCAUCACUAUCCCACCGCUUCUAACCACAUCACAACCGACAAACAUCCUGGUACAAGUCUGCAGCUUGCUGCUCGUCCCAAGCCCCCGCUAGUUUUCCAGGCUCCACAUCGCGACCUACCCAUUGCUUGGCUUUGUGGCUCUCUGCCUUUCUCUAUCUAUUUCUCACUCACUCUCUCUCUCUCUCUCUCUCUCUCUCUCUCUCUCUCUCUCUCUCUCUCUCUCUCGUGUAUCUCCGUCUCCCCUAAGUACACGAGUUCGCGACCAAUUCGGACCCCCCUACCCCCUGGUCCCUGCCGACCAGGCUACUGCUUCGCUGCUCCAUUCACCUCCGAGUGGUUUGUGGCGUCACAACGCUAGCCACGAAUGCCCAGGCCCCCCGCUCACACGCCGUCCGCCAGCCCUAUAUUACCCUACCACCCGUCUCUCCCGGCCCCCAACCUGCUUCCCGCCACGAAGCUGCCAAACAGUCCCAGCUCUGUCUUUGCGCAUAGCCAACAGGCCGAAGCAAACAACAAACCAUUAUAUCAACCCCCCUGGCCGAUUAACAGUUCGCCGCAGCUCACUGCCACUGUCACCGACUCUUGCUUCGGUUUCCACCAAACACUCUACAAACGAAGGCUCCUCGACUCAUAUCGGCCCCCCUACCCGCAUCGCAGCCGGGCGUUGUUUCUCCUUCUUCACCUUUACCACCCACUUCCUUGGUCAUGUAAUUGCAGUGCUUCUUACGCCAAAGCUUAGAACUCAAAUCGAGGGAUAAACCCUGUCCCUCAACCAGAUCGCCCCCUCGACCGGAUUGGUUCCCCGACCUGGCCGAACCUACCUACCCACCUACCUAAGCCAGGCCUGCCCUGUCUAACCGCCGACUUCACAGACCACCCGUCAUCGCGCCGACCCCUAGCUUCCCCUUAGCUUCACUGCCCUCUCCGCCCUGUAUCCCACCACACCAAACUCUCUCUCUCCAAUAUCUCUCCAAGAGCGGCCCGCCCCCUUGUCUGUGUUCUGGCCAGGCUCUUUUUUAUUUUUAUUUUUUUUAAGGUGGCUUCCUUUUCUCUUUGGGUGCUCUGCUUGCUCCUCGGCUCCUUUCGAACCCCUCCUUCCGAAUCCCGUGGCCGAAAUCACUAAGCCCUGUGCGUUUCAAAAGCCACAGGCGAUGAAUGCGUCUGCGCUGUCGCUUCGGCCAUAGGUAAUCUUCAACCUGCACAACUCGACAAUGUCGUCUCACAGCAACGCCGACGCCAACUCGGCUGCAUCCACCAGUCCCGCCUCCUCCGACUCUCACCAGAGGCCCAAGAGGGCCAGGACGAGCAAACCGAAAGUCAAGACGGGGUGUAACAACUGCAAACAGCGGCGCAUCAAAUGCGAUGAAACCCGUCCCUCUUGCUCCCAGUGCGUCCGUUCGAAAAAGAUAUGCACCGGCUAUCCGCCCCCAAGCCGCAGCGCGAGACCUCAUGAGGUCCUCGCCAUUGCUCCGAAACCCCUGGCCGCCGCCCAAAAUGCCGCCGCACCCGUGCGAGCGACCUCUAUCGAAGGGCUGCCCCCCCGAAGGCAACACAAGUUGCAGGCUCGCCGCCCGACACCCCCGCAAGCGUCGGCUGCCCCUGCGGCCCUCACAAUGUAUCGCCCCGCUGGCAACCUCCAACUGACCCCGCAGGAAGGCCUCUAUUUCCAACUGUUCCGCUCCCACACCGCAAGUGAGCUGUCCGGCUACUUUGACUCGGUCUUCUGGACCCGGACCGUCUUGCAGGAGUGCCACUCGGAGAACGCCAUUCGCCACGCCGUCGUUGCCCUCGGCGCUCUCUACAAAACACUGGAACAAACGUGCGAGUCCCCGCCGGGCUCGCCGUCCGAUUUUAUGAGCCCUGUGGACGGAGCAUACAAGCAUUGGGAGGUGGCGGUAAAGCAGUACUCGGAAGCCAUCAACGCCCUUGUCCAGCUCCAACGCGACCAGAAGUCGCACCGCACCCUGCUCAUGGCCAGUGUGCUCCUGACCUGCUUCGACUCCUUCGUUGGCGACCACAGACAGGCCAUACGACAAAUUCAAACCGGCCUCAGCUUGUUGGAGAAGCUCAGGGCCGAGAGGAGAAGGUCGUUCGUGCCUGUUUCCGAGGAGCCCGUCGAAGAAGAGCUCGUCACCAUGUUCACAAGACUUGCCAUUCAGGCCAAGUCGUACGAUAUGGCCUUCCACUUCCCUGAGCCUUACGUGAUUCGCUUGACUCCCCAGACCCCCGAGCUUCCUCGCUCACCACCCUCGGACGCCGGCAGCUCACCCUCGUCCAUGAGCACCAUAUCGGUGCCUGACCAGUUCUCCAACCUGAUGGAGGCUCGCAUCGCCUGGGACAAGCUGCUCGAGAAGAUGCUCCGCUUCACCGAAACAUUAUUCGUCUAUCAGAAAUCAACGGGUGCAAACGGCCCGAUGGGCAUCCUCCCGAAAUCGCUCAAACAAUACGGUAUGAGCUUCAAAGGACAACUGGACGCUUGGUCCGAGGCUUUCGACUUCCUGCUCGAAUCUCGGACGGCCCCGGGGGUCAGCCACCAGGAAAAGGCGGGCAUUGCGGUGCUGAAGAUGUUCCAGAUCAUGAGCCAGAUCUUAUUCCUCAUGACGUAUAGCGAUAGCGAGUCACAGUUCGACGUGUUCCAGUCUCACUUCAAGGCCAUCGUGGACCUCGCCUCCGAGGUGGUGGGUGACGAGGAACGUCGCGCAGCGGCCAAGCGAUGUCCCGACCCCGGCCAAUGCCCCCAUCGUCACAACCACAGCCCAGAUAUCUUUGGUGGCCACGAGUACAACACAUAUCACAUCAAGCCAAGCUUCAGCGCUGAUCUGGGCAUUGUGCCACCCCUGUUCGUCGUCGCGACCAAGUGCCGUCAUCCUGUUAUCCGAAGGCAGGCCAUCCAGCUUCUCAGGAGCAGCGCUCGCCGGGAGGGUAUGUGGGACAGCGAGCUCACAGCGCGCAUCGGGCAGUGGGUCGCGUCGAUUGAGGAAGAGGAGGAUAAGGCGUCUCCGUCGCCCGACCCACGCGCCAGCUUUGUGAAUGGCAGCACGAGGAGCGGGUCGGUUGAUUUCGGCGAAGGCAUCCCGCUGGGACCUGGCGGCAACGCUCGUUGGGAUGCGCGGAGGGACAGCGCCAUCCCUGGACUCAUCAAGUCAAAACGGUCCGUCCCCGAAGAAAAACGCGUCAUGGUUCGGGCGGUGGAUUUCGACCUCAGAGCCAGGUUUGCCAACUUGCAGGUUGGCACCCGAGGCAUCAUCACCGGCAUGCCAGACAUGCGGUCCAGGGUUACCCAGAUAACGUGGUAGUCAGCCAGCUGCCAUGAGGGGUGGUCCGUAUUGCAGGUCGAAGGAAGGUUUUGCACUUGCGUAUUUGGCUUUUUGAUAUACCCCAGUGAUUGGAAACGAACAUAGUAUAGUACCUGUACAGAGGUUUUAGAACCUUGUUUUUGCUUUUGAAGGGAAGAUAACCCCCCCCUUCGUCUUUGCCCCUCACUUUCCUCUCACUUUUCUUUCCCUCAAAAAUUACGAGUCACGAUUUGGAUAUUGCAAGCGCUCUAUUUUUGUUUUAUUUUUCCAACUUAGUUGCCGAGACGAUGCGUGGGUCUUUGCUAGCGGUGCUAGCUUCGAAACAAAGCUUACGUUACUGCGAAGGGCGGAAACGAAGCAUCUUGGGAGGAGUUGUGCGGUCGUUCAAGAAAAGCAUCAACACGAGGACUGCGCAAGCAACUCUAAUCAAAACUGACUGGGUAAUAUGGUUCGCACGAGGUCCGAACACCUGUACGAAGGUAGUUUUCCUACCAAUCAAAAAUCAAAGACUAAAGACGGUUACACUCC